AAAGCUCAAGCCAGGGAACAACUUCCAUAUUCUGGAGCAACUGCUGUUGUAUGGGAAUGCAGGCUUUUGACAACCUCAUUCAUAGAUUGUUUCAUUCAGCAUCUUGGACCUGUAUCUAGUGAAGCAAACAUUGUCGGUAACUAGCCCAUGUCAUAUGAAAACUACUAAUAUGCCAACAAGAAUCAAUACUAGUAUCCAAGGGCAGCUUCUAACGCCAUCAAGUGCUUCAAGAAAGGUAAUUGAGCAGACCCAUUGUAUAUGAUAGAACAUCAAGUGGAUUAAAAAUGAGCUAAAAGAGGCAUGGUGAAAAUGCUGAGGUUGGGUCUCCUGGAGGAGAAGGGGAGAAGUUCUGAGGAGACUGUCUUGGAGGGGUGAGGGAGAAACUCUUGAGUUUGGGAGAAGGGCCAGCCUGGUGCUUUCUGUAGCUGAUCUUCAGUGGCAACCUGUGGGCUGGCAGUGCAAGGACUGGCAGGCAGGCUCAGGGGGCCGCUGAGUUCCUAGCUGACCAUCGCCUCCUUUUUGAGCUACUCUUGCACAGGAUUUGUUUAACCUUGUUUGCUUCAUUACAUUCUUGUUCUUAAUUAUGUCACUUAGCUAUAUUCUUAUUUAGAUUGCAGCCCUUUUGUGAUCUGAAGCAAGUUUUCUAAUCACGUAGUGUCCACUGCUGGUAAUUUGAAGCCUAUUUAAUUUCAAAACUGAAUUGUUUUCCUUCCUUUCCAAAGUUCUUCAUUAGUUUAUCUCAUCUUGAUGUUUUAGAAAGUUGUCAUACAAUAACAGAAAUACAAAUGGCUUAAUUCUCUUUGUCACCUGUAUAGGUUCUGACUAAUUUUCUCUUUUCUUUCUCUCUUUGUUACACCUCUCUCAGCCACUUUCUGCUAUAUUGCUACACCUCAGUCACGAUCCAUAGCAUCAGUAAAGGCUAUGGUUGAGGUGCUUGUUGUUUAUAAAAUGUUAUGGGUUUCUAUCAUGGGAAGCUUUGUAAUUCUUAAAUUCUUAUAUAUUAGGAAGGAGGUUUUAAAAACUCUUUUGGUCUGAGUUGAAUUUAAUACAAGGGUUCCAAUUGUGAGAGGCCUUCAUAAUUGCACAUACUUCCACUGUGAUAGAAAUCUAUUAGAUACAAUACAUGGUUCACAGUAAAAUAUCCUUUUUCCUCUUAUGAUUUCAGUGAAACAGCUGUAUAAUGGAGUAUUAUCAAUAAAAUGGUGCAUAGUUCUGAGGAAUUUAAAAGGAUAAUUAUUUUCUUUUUUCAAAAUAUUUUCUCCCGGGGAAAGAUUGUGACAGAAAAAGGCAGAUGGAGAUAUAUUCUUGCAACUGCCCACCUAUCUCUAGAUACAAGUUAGAAAUUGUUUUUUUAUCUUAGCAGCAACUAUUUCAAAUGCUGCUAAAAAAUUCUAACUUAUGUAUCUUCCCAAGAUUUUUCCCUUCAUUGAAUUUGAUAUGUUAUAGAAGAAUUCACUACUUUUGACUGCAUCUCUCAUCAAUUAAAAACAAUAAAACUUUGCCACUAAAAUUUCAUGGCUAGUUUUGAUAACAGUACAGCACACAACUUAGUUCCUCUUGGUUUGUUGUUAAUUUUGUCUAAUUUAUUUACUUCUGGACUCUGCACUGUUUGAAUUUCCCUUGUCCUGGCAUUUUAAGGGUGGAUUUUGCAUCCUGCUUGUUGCUGUACAGUUUUCAGAAUAGAUCAUACCUAGAAUUUGUUCAAGUUGUGCAACUAUGAGAGUAUCCAUUACAGAACUAAAGUAAAGAUUGAGUUAUGAUCUACCUGUAAAUUGCUGAGUGCCCUCAAUUUUUUUUAAAUCAGUGGGACUUGAGGUGUUCCAUUGUAGAAAUGGGCCACUGUUGUUAAUAAGGCCACUCUAGCAAGUAAGGAUUUUGGUGUUGGGGCCCACUGUACUACCGUAAAAAUGACCAGAGUGAUUCCGGUGAGGAGGAGUGUCUGGAAAAAAAAUGACUGACUGUGAAAACAGUUAUAAUGGAAGUUUGUGGCUGCAGAAGUUCCUCUUCAACAGCUAAUGCCAAUGAUACAAGGUAGAAUGCUUCACUCUCCUCAAACAGUGCAACUUGCAGGACAGAAACAAAGCCAACAACAGUAAAAUAAUACAUCCAAGCACCUGUCUCUGGAAAAUGUGGCAAGUUCUCAUACUCCUCCAUCUCAGCUGCUUGGGAGGCAGCAACCUGCUGACGUCUUCACAGUGGCUUUCCCAGCUUCAUUGUAGCUUUCACAGCACAACCACCUGUCGGAGAGUUUCCAGAACAGCUUCAGAAAAUGGAGUCCCAGACACAAAGUAUUUCCAUCACUACUUCUCCAUAUAGCCAGCUCAUGACAUCUCUUCAACAGCAGGAAAACCAAGUACAUCAACGAAUAGCAGACCUCAGGAAAGAAGGUUUAUGGUCCCUAAGGCGAUUGCCCAAACUUCAAGAGGCUGCAAGAUCCAAAUCUCACCAGGAUUUUCUACUGGAAGAAAUGCAAUGGAUGGCAACCGAUUUUGUUCAAGAGAGAAGGUGGAAAACAGCAACUGCUAAGAAGCUGAUCAGAAAUGCAGUGCGCUAUCAUGAAGAUAAGAGACUUCAUAAGGAGAGAAGCAAGAAAGCAGAACAAAAUCGACUGAGGCGCAUUGCUGCUUCUACUGCUAGAGAAAUUGAACAUUUCUGGUCCAGCAUUAAACAGGUGGUAGAAUUAAAACUGCAAGUAGAAGAAGAAAGAAUGAAAAAAACCUCAAAUGUACAAGAAAUUUCAAAAAGAGGUCAAGAUAUGAGAAUUCAGGAUUCAGCAAUAUCUGGGAGAAAAAGAAAAGCAACCACAUUGCUUACUGAUCAUGAAGAGAUAGAUGAAGAGAAUGCUGAAGUGCGAAAUUCUGAAAAAGAAAACAUGGGUCAUCAAAUUGAGUUGACUGAUUUAGCCAAAGAAGAAAUGGAAGACUCUGUAAGUGAGAGAGCGAGCCCACUGAAGGAAGUAAUAUUCAUUGAGUCACUCCUCAGAAUUGAUCAGCAUGAGAGUACAGAGAAAACAAGUGCUGCAAUGAAACACAUGAGAGACAUAGUAGAGGUUGCUGCUGCUGCAGAAGUGCUGUUACCUAAAGAUAGUGCUCAAAUCACAACGGCAGUAAAAGGCGAUAUUCCAUCUCUGUUGUAUGGGACUCUUAGAGAGUAUCAGAAGAUUGGGCUGGACUGGUUAGUGAAGUUAUAUAAGAAGAAUCUCAAUGGUAUUCUGGGAGAUGAGGCAGGACUUGGCAAAACUACGCAAGUCAUUGCCUUUUUCACACACCUGGCUUGUAAUGAAGGUAAUUGGGGUCCUCAUCUUGUUGUUGUACAGAGCCGUAACAUACUAAAGUGGGAGACUGAACUGAAACACUGGUGCCCUGAGUUGAAACUUCUGUGUAUUGGCAGCCAAAGAGAACUUAUAGAAAACAAACAGGAGUUGAUGAAACCCAAUAGCUUUAAUGUAUGUAUCGCCUCAUACAAGCAACUGUUUAAAGGCCACCAAACCUUGAGGAAAAUGCGAUGGAGGUACCUAGUUGUAGAUGACAUGCAGAAAAUUAAAAAUAUGACUGAAAAGCACUGGGAGGCGCUCUUCCAUCUCCAGAGCCAGCAUCGUUUGCUCCUGAUAGACACUCCUUUGCCCAAUGCCUUGAGGGAGUUAUGGACCAUGCUGCAUUUUCUAAUUCCAGGAAUUUCCAUACCUUACUUGGAUUUCCUGGUGAAAGCAGCCAAUGAGGACACCCAAGAUUAUUGCCAUAAAGUGGCUACAAGAUUGCACAAAAUAAUUGAACCAUUUAUUUUGCGAAGAUCCAAAAGACAUGUUGAAAAACAAUUACCAAAGAAAUAUGAAUAUGUGCUGAAAUGUCCUCUUUCUAAUCGGCAGAAGGCUAUGUAUGAAGAUGUGAUAUUACAACCAAGAAUCCAAGAAACUCUUAAAAAUGGAAACUUUGUCAGUGUCCUUCAUGUUCUGAUGCAGCUCCAAAGGAUCUGUAAUCAUCCUGAUCUGAUAAAAACCAGGCUUUCUGGCUCCUCCUAUGUAUCAGAGACACUGGAAUAUACAGCUGCUUCUCUAGUACUAAAGGUACUAGAACGGGAUCUUUGGAAGGAUUCCGACACUUGUCUCUUUGAUCUGAUUGGGAUGGAAAACAAAAUGACUGACUAUGAGGCACAAGUGCUACCAAAACAAAAGGUGACUAGAAAGCUUAUUGAAGAGAUCUACAGCUCCCCUAAUCCUUCACCCAGACCCAACCCAAUGAAGCUCAAACCAAGCAGGUUAUUUCAACCAGUGGAAUAUGGACAGAAACCUGAAGGUAGGAUUGUAGAUUUCCCAACUCCUCCAUCCUGGCGUACAGGGAGUACAGUAACGGUUAUGGCAACACAUCAUGUGAAAAGACAAGGAAGAUUGCCUCUUGCCACAUUUUCAGCAAAUUGUAAUAAGAAAGGUGACAAGAUAGUAAAACUAAGCCAGCCGGCCUCCACAGCGGGAGCACAAGACAAAACUAUUCAGCCAAACAUGCCUGUAACGCUGCAGUUUAAAGGGAAAACAUUUACUUUAUCUUAUGGCCAACUCUGCCAGCUCACUGGAGGGCGUCUUCGGCAACUUCAAGGAAGUGUUCUUCACAUUGUUUCAGUGCCAGGCUUGCGGAAUUUGCAAUCUCAGAGGCCAGUUGCCUUGUUGCCCCUCUAUCGUGCUGGGGCUGGGACUGUUGAAGAUACUGGCUUCCCAAAGCAUUUAAAGCAUCAAGCAGAUGUGCCAGUGUCUACAAUAGUAACACAGCAAAUUACCAAUUUGGCAGUGGAUGAUCCAGAAACUGAAUCAAAAUCUGUAUCUACCCUAGAAUGUCCAACCCAGACUGUGUUUGAGGAAAGGAACAGGCACCUAAAAGAGCGCCUGGACAGAAUAUUUUCUGGAAAUGAGCGACGUUGUUCCAGAGUCCCAUUGUAUGGCAGAGACUUGUUGGGAAUUUGUUCUUUGAUUGGUGAAAAAAAGAUUCCUCAGCAGAGUUCUACUAGGGACAACAAAUGGAUGUGGGCUGGUUUUGUGAACUGUUGCCUUUCGUCAAGUGCCUCAGGAGGCCAAAAUGAUCCAUUGCAAGCCCUGAUCCUGACAUCCGAUCAGCGACAGGAAUCCCUAAAGGAUUAUAUUAAUAGCACUCUCUGUGUGCUGCCGGCAGCAGUUGCUGCUCCUGCAUAUUUGCAUGUCGGAAAUCCUCCCCCUUCAUAUAGGCAUGGAAUGAAAAUUUUCAAGCAGAAUCUUAAAGAGCAGGCAGCUCCCUAUUUACAUCACAUACAACAGAUUACAACUCCACGCUUACUACAGUUCCCUGAUCGCCGUCUGGUGCAGUUUGAUUCAGGCAAAUUGGAAGCUCUUGCUGUCUUGCUUCAGCAGUUGAAAUCUAAAGGACACCGUGCGCUGAUUCUAACACAGAUGAUUCUAAUGUUAGAUAUAUUGGAGCUGUUCUUAAAUGUCCGUUUUCUCACCUACAUAAGAAUUGAUGAAAAUGUCAACUGUGAGCAAUAUCUGGAGCUGAUAAAAAGAUUCAACCGAGAUAAGCGAAUCUUCUGUGCCAUUCUUUCCUCCCACAGUCCUUCCAUGGGUGGCAGUCACAUAGAGGCAAACACUGUUGUGUUCUGUGACACUGAUUUAGAUCCACUGAUGCAUGCAAAAUCUCAGGAAUGGUGUGAUACAAUUGGGAGAAACAAAGACAUCCACAUAUACAGGCUUGUAAGUGGUAAUUCGGUAGAAGAGAUGCUGUUGAAAAAUGGCACUAAAUCUUUGAUUAAAGAAGUAGCCACUCAGGGAAAUAACUAUCCUAUGACAUUUUUAACACAGCAAACUGCUCAGAAGUUACUUGAAGUCCAUUCUUCAUUAGAGGACCUUGAUUUCAGAGUCAGAGCUGGAGAGUUUGUGGUCCUUUCUGAGAAACCUUCUCUGGCAGAAACAAUCUCGUCCAAAGUUGCACGACUUUUUGCAGAGACUCUUAGCGUUGAACAGAGAAAAGAGGAUCUUGGAAAAUAUGCACAAGAGGCAAGAACUGAGUCAAGAACUGAAGUAACUUCAGAGUUACGCUGUCCAAGAAGUAUUAAGGCUCCGUCACAGUUAAAGGAAUUGGAUGACAUUAUGGAUCUGCUGACGCCAAUUGAAAAGUAUGCUUUGAAUUACUUGGAAUUAUUUCACGACUACAAUGAUCAAGGAAAGCAGAAAGUCAAUGAGGAGUCGAAAACUGCAAACAGAGAGUGGGAAGUCAGUCAUAUCAAGAAGCUAAAGGAAAAGGAAGAUAAAAUGCAGUGGGAAGAGGAGGAAGAGCUCCUAACCUACACUAGGCAAGAUGCAUAUAACAUGGAAUAUGUCUAUGAAGACCCAGAUGGGCAAAUAGAAAGAAUGCCAAUUUGGACUCCCCUUACUCUGCUUCCAGAUGACAAUAACGUAUACAUUGAUUCUGUCACGUGUCUGAUGUAUGAUUCCACACCAAUUUCGGAGUCUAAGCUGCCCCCUUUGUAUGCCAGGAAGGAGAGUAAGCAAUUCAGAAUGGAUCCAUCUGCUGCAGGUAGGAGGAAUAAACAUCGGCAGGGAGAAGUGGCUAUUCCUCAGUCACUUUUUCACCGAGCGACUCCAAGAAUGUUGAAAAUGCAUCGAAAGGGUAGCGAACAGAAGAUCAUCCUGCUGAAACAGCAAACAUAUUUUGCAAAACCUUUGCCUGCUGUUGUCAAACCAGCUGCUGAGGCUGGACGGGCAGCAGCUGGACAAGACAAUCCUGAGUGGCUGAUCAGUGAAGACUGGGCACUGCUACAAGCAGUGAAGCAGUUACUGGAGCAUCCUUCAAAUCUUGCCAUUAUGUCACCAGUGCACACACCCAAUUGGGAUCUUGUUAGUGACCUUGUUAACUCAUACAACCAAGUUUAUCGCUCACCAAAACACUGCCAAAAUCGAUAUGAAAAUGUUAUUAUUCCAAGAGAGGAAAGAAAGAACAUCAGUAGUCACCCUGUUUGUACCAGGCAAAUCUAUGCUGAAGAUCAGAAUGCUGCACACACCCAACUUUACAUGAGUCGCUUUGAUUUAAUGAAAAAGAUAGCAAGAAAAAGAAGUCCCUCAGUUAAAUCUCUUAGAAAUAACGGUGACAAGCCAUCCUCCAGGAUUCAGGCUGCAUUCUGCUGUACAGUGUCUAUGUCAAAAGAGCAAAAGGCUUCAGGAGGUACAAAUACAGCUGAGGUGGUACUUGGGCAGCAACAAACAGCUGCAGUACCCACUGCUCCAAGAGAAUUAGUGACUGUAAUAUCUACUCAUAGUUCUCAAGCAGGAAUGUCUGUGGCAGCAUCAUCAAUACUAACCACCGGUCUCACAACAUGGCAGACCCAAACGCCCUUAAUGGCUCAGGUUAUGUCAGCCAAGCCAACAGGAGUUCAGCUUUCUAGUAAAACAGUCACACCUGUCCAUUUCCAGCUUCCUGGGCAGCAGGACACAGAAGCAGUUGAAGUGCAAGUCUCAAGGAUUCAGUCCCAGCUUCAAGCACAAGGACAGAUCCAGGUCCAAAUACCUCAGGCAGCACAAGUUCCUCAGGAAAAUCUUCCAGUGGUGUCUGUUCUACCACCAAUUGUACCAUUUGCAGGAGUUGAAACGCUCCCUUUUACUGAGAUCUCUAUCACUGAGAUUAGCGUUGCCACUGGACAUCCACAGAAAGCAGCAGGAGCCCAGACAUUAGAUGUACAUGUCCAUCAGUUUCCAAAACUUGCACAUCAAGUAACUCAGCAACAGAGCCAUUCAUUCCCAGAUUGUUCAAGGCCAAGCUACUGUGUAGAAAAGGUUCAGGCUCAGUCACAGACUGCAGUAGUGUCCCAGUCACCACCUGCUGGUCACCAUGCCUGAAUGAUUUCUGCAGCAAAGUCUACAGCUCAGGUGAUACCCCAGUCAAUAGAGGAACAGGUCCUGACAAUAGUCCCGCUCCAAACACUGACUCCAGGUGUACAGAACUCAGCAGCCUCAACCAAAAUUAGCAAGUAAAAGUGCACAUGAGGUUACCUACUUUCAUACUGUGAAAGCAUCUAUGAAACCGUGCUGAACUAAUGAUUACAUUAGAAUAAGCAGAAAAGUACAGUAUUUUGUUUGCUAAACUAUGCUAAACUAAUAAAAUAUGCAGGUUGUCCACAUUUUAUUUUCCAAAUGAAGACUGAGCUCUUGCAUUUAUGUCUGUAAAAAAGUGAAGUUAUUACUGAAAUCUGAAAAAAGAAAAAUCUAUUCAACAUUGAAAAUAUAUUAAUUGUAAUGCACAGAUAAAAGGUCUGUUAAAAUGAAAUACUUUCUGCUGACAGAAAAUGACUAUCCUUCUGUACCGAAGCAGUGAAUGACUAAAUUACAGAGACAGAGGUGUAAUCAACAUGUUCAUCAUUGUGCUAGGCUAUUGUCUCCAGAGCAAUAUCGAAUAAUAGCCAGUUAUUCUUUAAACAGAACUACAUUUUACUAGUGGAGCCUUGCACUAAAUGGAAUGCGUAACAAUGAAAACUGCUGACUUUUUUGUUAGAUCUACUAUAACUGAAUAGCUGUCCUGUUAGGUGUAUGGAAACAAAUGCAAACUGUAAAUUUUUAGAUGAAUCUUUAGCACUGUAAAGUAGGAAUUCAGUGAACACUGACCUACUGCCUAAACUGAGUGUAAGUUGAACAAUAAAGUGUCUUUUCUUUUCAUAUUAA